UGGAAAGGCACUGCCCAUGAUGCUCGCCUAUUUAUGGAUGCGUUGAGUCAUCCAGGGAUCAAUUUCCCAUUGCCUCCUAAGGGUUAUUAUUACUUAGUUGAUUCUGUCUUUCCGUGCACACUUGGAUUUAUGCCCCCGUACCCGAGGGUGCGAUAUCAUAGGUCUAAUUGCCAUAGCAAUAGCUCAUUUUUUGGAUAUCAAGAUUAUUUUAAUUAUCAAUAUUCUUCCCUCCGGAAUGUGAUUGAACGUACAUUUGGUGUGCUAAAAAAAGGGUUUCGAAUUUUGAAAUCAAUGAACCCAUACAAGGUGACACGACAUCGGUAUAUUGUCAUUGCAUGUUGUGUCAUGCAUAACAUUAUUCGAUCUAUUACACCGAAUGAUAAGAUAUGGCGUAAAUUUAACAAUCCGAAGCUUUAUGAAGGACAGAUUGUUGAGGAUAACCUGGAACAUCUGUUACAUAUGCCUGACAUGUCAUCUGCCUCAGCACAAGCCAUGGCUGGAAACAGGGACUCUAUCGCAAUAAAAAUGUGGGCACAUAGGGAGGCACAUUGAUACUUGCUUAAAUUUUAUUGUAU